AUGCAAGACGCGGAUGAAACCAAACAAGAGAGCAAAAGACCAGAAAGUUCUCGUCACCGUGAAAGAGGCAAACAAAGAAAGCCCAGUCGUCGCCGUUCCUCUGAUCGAAAUGAGGCAAAGCCGAGUCGUCGCCGUUCUGCCGAUCGAGAUGAGACAAAGCCGAGCCGUCGCCCUUCCGCUGAUCGAGAUGAGCCUGAUCAAGAGAGAAAAGGGCGAGAGGCGUCUCGUGACAUUGUCGAAACAAACAAAGAAAGUAAACCCUCCGCUCGAGAAGAGGCUGAUCGUGAGGCCAAAAGUAGAGCUCGCAAGCCCUCGUCCACUGCUUCCAAAUCUCCUUCCAAAUCUCGCCAGCAGAUGGACCGAGAUGCCAAACAGAGAGCCAAGUCUUCGAGAAGCCGGUCGGCAGAUUCUAACGAUUCGCUGUCAAAAUCAGCAAGAGACCGAGACAGCAAGGCAAAACAUCGUGUACGGCCCAACACAAGAGCAUCUGCCCCCGGUGUCGUCCAAGAAUACAACGACGACGAAGGCGACCGGCGCAGACGAAACAAGGAGAGUGGCUCGUCGUCGAGGCACACAAAAGCUGGGGCGGUUUCAUCAUCUGCUGGAGCGAGUCCAUUAUGCUCGCCGUCGAAGCACACAAAAGCUGGAGCGGUUCCAUCAUCUUCGUCGGCGUCAAGGAGAAUGCGAGAGAAAAUGGAUGCUGACUCGAAACCAAAAGAACCAGAGAUUUCGCUCAAGCCGGAACCUGAAACGACUACUCUGGCAGGUAGCCUUGUAGAAGGCGACGAUGCCAUCGUUGCUACAGCAGUCGACGAAGAAGAAGUAGUUCAAUCUAAGGAAGCACCGCUAAUAAUACCACCAACAACAAGACCAGAAGAGGAACCCAUCAUGACCAGUCCACCACCCAAACCGUUCUAUUGCAAGGGUGCAUUCUGGAUUGCAGCUCUUUUCAUAAUCGCAGGUGCCGGAGUGGGAAUCUUCUUUGCGACACAGUCGAAUAAUGAGACUGCUUUACCUGCCAACGGUGAAGCAGCACGGCCAGUCCCGGAAGAAACGGAGAGACCAACAACAUCUCCUACUUUUCUUCCAUCCGCGUUUCCGUCUAGUACUCCAACGGAAACCUUGAUAUACGAACCUCCGUCUGAAGAAGACUGUGUUGCGGUGUCGAAUGGAGAUGACUUGGUUGGUCAAGAGAACCUCAACUUGCAGACUUUCAAUAUUCCAAUGGAUGUCGUGUUGUCCACUCCAGUGGACUCCGAGAUUGUGCGUGGUGCACUCCAAGAGAGACUCCAAGAAAUGCUCAUGCCCGAACUCAUUGGCUGCGCUUCUGCCAGUCGUCGGGUACGAGGACGCCAACUAGUGUCUUCCCCUUACACAAUUGCAAAUGGCAAAGUUUUGGUACAGGUCGGACAAGACACACCUUGCACCAGAAGCACCGAGCCGAACUGUCUCCACGUAUCGGUAAAACUCGACAUGUACGUACGGGGGUCAGAGCGACCUUUUGAUUUGGUCAGCCUAAUCCUUCAAGUCUUGGGACCAGAAGGUCUCUUGACAAGCAAGUUGUCAUUGCAAUCACCGUUUUUGCAGAUAUUUAUCGUGACGGUCGCCUCUGGAACCAUUACAUUGGCUCCAAGCUCGACGCCUACGGUAGUGUCCAGCGAGAAUCCGACCUUGUUUCCCACGGAAUCUCCGUCCACAGACCCAACUACUGCCCCAGUGACCUUUCCAACCACUGAGGAACCAACUGGAUCGCCGACAGUUGCACCAACUGUACUAUCAACUCCAGAACCAACUAUUCUACCGACUCCUGUGCCCACGACUUCCAGUCCAACAUUUGCUCCGGUUGUAGACGCAACGCCACUUCCAACACCAACACCCACUUUUGCCCCGACAAAAGGGCCAACACUAAGCCCAUCCAAGACGUCCUCUGUAUCACCUUCCAUUGCGCAAUCAGGAAUGCCAUCCUCAAGUCCAUCUGUUGCUGAAUCUGCAGCUCCAUCUACAACUCCGCCAACCUUUGGGCCGACCCAUGAACCCACGGAGGUGGCAUCAAAUAGUCCUACUUUGGCACCCAGUUCCAAUCCUUCCGUCAACGAACCGUUUGGAAAUCAAUUCACUUCUUCGACUUAUGUUUUGUACCACACGAACGAUUUCUCCGACCCAUAUGAAUUUGGCACCCGCGAAGCUGCCGCAGCAGGCUGUGCCGCGAUUGGACUCGAUCUUUGCCCAAUGAUCGCCAUUGAAAAUGGCGACAUUUGCGCGGCUGGGUGGAUGACGGAUGCAGUAGGAUAUUGGAUCUCCAACCCUAGACCAGGGUGCCGUACUACUCCCGGCUUUGUAGAGUGGGUGGACCGCGAGUUUGCCGGAGCGUACUGCUGCGGGCGACCGUUGUACUUGCCUCGAGAUUUCUCGUACAUUUACGAUACACGGGAAGAGGCUAGAGCUGCUUGUGCAGACGAAGGAUUGGUCCUCUGUACGCCUCAGCAAAUCGAGGGAGCAGACUACUGUGCAUAUGGCUGGCUAGAUACCCUUUGGGGACUUUGGAGUAGCGGUAGCAACCCGGUUGGUUGUGGACCUCGUGGUUUGAAUGUUGGGGACAAUGAUGGAACAGCAGGUGCCUAUUGUUGCGCUUCCAAUCAGUAG